AUGGCACCUCUGCUCAAAGUUGUGGCCACGGGCUGUUGGCUUUGGUACCUGGCAGCCUCGGACCCGUCAGAGUGCGGAGCCAAAAGCAGUGGAUCCAUGCUUCUGCAGUCUCAGACUUCCGUCUCACGUUCUUGGUUAAACAAAUCGGCUCGAAUGCCGCCAAACGAGAACUGUUGCGAUGAUGCUGGCGACUCUAGCACGUGCAAUGCCUUGCAUGGAGUUCCCUUCGAAUAUGAAACUGUUCAAGUUGGAAGCACGACUAUGAUGCGAAUGAAGUGUCCUAAUCGUGGGAGCGACUGUGCCUUCGAUAAUUGCGUUGGCGGUACUGGGGUGGACUGUUCCGGCGUUCCUUACGAUCUCAAUUUCGGCGUCAUGGGCACUAUAUCUGUCAACCUUGUGGCACCACAGGACAUGGGCGACGGAACAGUCAAAUUGAAGACAAGCGUCGGCUCAAUCCUGCACGACCUGUGUUGUAUGAAGUACCAGUCUGGAGCUUUCUGCCAUAGCAGCAACUACCCCAUCGGAGCGACCAUCAACGCCCUUGGCAAUGCCAAUAACGACUGCGCCUGUCUCAUGGAGUGGCGCAAGGCUGCGUGGAACCUACUCCGAGGUCGCUAUUGGUUGGCCACGUUUGACAAGGCUGCUCAAAGCCAGGAUAUGACACUGGUCCCAAAUUUGCAGCGUAAGUCUUACCUGCCAAAGGGUUCCGGGACCAAUUACGAGAGCUACAAAAGCACGUGGGGCCUCACGGAAAGGAAAGCCACUUCCGUCCUCUGCGCGCCCGCGGGCACAAGGCUCGAUUGUCCUUCAGAGGACAACAACUGCAAGGUGCCUUGUGUCGGAACCUAUUGCAAGGCAUGCGCUACGGGAUGCGCAUCUCGACAUCGAAAGCGUUGGAACAAGGACGGCCGCGUUCAUACUACAGCGGGCGACGCUGACUACUGCUGCAGCGGGGAGUUCAAGGAGGUGUAUUGGUCACUCGCCAACACUCGCUACGGCACCUGCAAGUAG